ACACUGAAACCAGCUCAACCAGUUUACCUUGGAGGAAGUUCCUGCUUUAAAAGCGUGCUCUCUCGCUAGCAGCAAUGAAAGCAAGACAUAUUUAUUUGUUAUUGCACCUUUUUGUCACAACCAGCGUACAUUCAUUUAAUCUAUGCAGCUACUUUUAUGAAAGCUGUGACUCAAACUGGAUAUCAUUCAAUGCAACAGCUCUCCAAAACGAUCUGGACACUAGACUUUUUGGGCAGCACAUAGCAGCACCCCUCAUCCUGAAAACUGUAAGUGGAUUGAUGGAAAACGAGGACCCCAAGAAGCCCCUGGUUCUGUCUCUGCACGGUCCGACAGGCACAGGAAAGAACUUUGUUACUGACCUUAUUGCAAGAAACAUCUAUUAUAAAGGAAUGCAAAGCAGCUUUGUUCAUCUUUUCAUCUCCUUAAAUCACUUCCCUGACUCAGGUGAAAUUGAGACAUACAAGUCACAGCUUAAGCAGUGGAUCCAAGACAAUGUCACCCAGUGUGAACGCUCAAUGUUUAUCUUUGAUGAGAUGGACAAGAUGCAUCCUGGCUUAAUUGAUGUCAUUCUUCCAUUUUUAAAUUGUUAGAACAAGAUAGAUGGGGUUUCUUAUCGGAAGGUCAUCUUCAUUUUCAUCAAUAAUGCUGGGGCAGAGAUAAUUACACAGACAGCUCUGGAGUUUUGGAAAAAAGGCCAAGAUCGAACAGAGAUCAAACUAAAAGAUGUGGAAAAAGAGGUUUCUGAAUCAGUGUUUAAAAACACCACAGGUGGUUUCUGGAAUUCACACCUGAUUGAAGUGAAGUUGAUGGACUACUUUGUCCCAUUUCUGCCUCUAGAGUAUGAGCACGUUGUCCAGUGUUUCAUGGCCCUGAUGCAAGCAAACGGACAGUCACAAAAACAGGAUGUGGCAGAGAGGAUAGCCAGAGAUGAGAUUUAUUUUCCCAAAUUUGAGCGAAUCUUUUCUCUAAAAGGCUGCAAAGGGUUACACAACAGGUUUUGUGAUGAUAUUUAAUGGGCACUUCUUCAGUCAGUGAAGCUCUGAGUAACUAAAAAGUAUAAUUUAUUUCAAAUAUAAACUGAAAGGACAUAAAAAUGUGGUGUUUCGUUGGGGUGUGCAGAUGCUGAGAAAACUCCACCUACUAGUUGAACCCCUCAAAUAAAAAACUUUUUCGGUUUUGAUAGUUGUGACUAAUUUACUUUAAAAGGGUAUAGGAGUUUGAGGAUAUUUGUAUUCAGAUAAAGUCAAAUUUCUGUUUUUAAAGCUCAGUGACAUGUGAUAUUGUGCAUGAACCUGGAGGUUUGAUGAUCUUUUGCCCCCAUCUCUUUUAUUGAUUAGGUCACAACUAAGUUUACUUUUUCUGGACACCUUUUCACUAUAACUGACACACUCUGCUUAUUUACACAUGCUUAUUUGUCGUUCUUGGUGUUUAUGAAUAAAUAAAUGAAUGCGUAAUGAAAUUUAAAACAAUACUUUGUAAAUACUGAGAUUAUCGCCAAACGUAGAAGAACCUUUGGAGUGUGACGUCACGGCAACCACAGCGUCUCCUGCGAUGACCCAGACGAGUCGCACAAAACAGAUAAUUUUUAAUGUUUGUACGUUUAUACAGAACAAUACAUGCUGGUAUUAAAUGAUCUAACACUGUUCACCCGAGGUUUAUGCUAAGAGAAAGAGAUAUCUGUUUAAUGUGCAGAAGCUGAAAAGUCAUUAUUGAAGUUAUUGUAAUGUCUCCACCAUAUUGUCAUUAUUAGUAGAUCAAAAAAAUAACAAACGUAUUAUAUCUUAAAACUUUUGGACAUAUCUGAUGUAGAAGCGGUCAAAAUAAAAAGCAAUUUUAUUUGUUGAAGCAUC